AACCUGAAGCUUCUCUCUUUAUCUUCUUCUUACAUCAGAUCAAGUCUUCUUUCUUUCUAUGGCUUUAGUAAGAGAACGUCGUCAGCUCAACCUCCGUCUUCCUCUUCCUCCGAUCUCCGACCGCCGCUUCUCCGUCCCCUCCGUCACCACCACCCACGCUACCUCCGGCGGCAUCUCCGCCGCUGAUCUCGAGAAACUCAACGUUCUCGGAUGCGGUAACGGCGGUGUUGUCUACAGAGUCCGCCACAAGAACACGGCGGACCUCUACGCUCUCAAAACCGUCAACGGCGACAUGGAUCCGAUCCUAACACGGCAGCUGAUGCGCGAGAUGGAGAUCCUCCGCCGUACAGACUCUCCGUACGUCGUCCGGUGUCACGGGAUCUUCGAGAAGCCAGUCGCCGGCGAAGUAUCGAUUCUGAUGGAGUACAUGGACGGAGGAACGUUAGAGUCUCUCCGCGGCGCCGUGACGGAGCGACGCCUCGCCGGGUUCGCGAGACAGAUCCUGAAAGGGCUGAGCUACUUGCACGCUCUCAAGAUCGUGCACAGAGACAUCAAGCCGGCGAACCUCCUCCUCAACUCCAAGGACGAGGUCAAGAUCGCCGACUUCGGAGUCAGCAAGAUCUUGGUCCGGUCGUUGGAUUCCUGCAACUCUUACGUCGGGACUUGCGCUUACAUGAGCCCGGAGAGGUUUGAUUCCGAAUCUUCCGGUGGAAGUGGCUCCGACGUGUACGCCGGAGAUAUCUGGAGUUUCGGGUUGAUGAUGCUGGAGCUUCUCGUUGGUCACUUUCCGUUGUUACCGCCGGGACAGAGACCGGACUGGGCGACGUUGAUGUGCGCGGUGUGUUUCGGAGAGCCGCCGCGAGCGCCUGAGGGUUGCUCGGAGGAGUUUAGGAGCUUUGUUGAGUGUUGCCUACGUAAAGACUCGAGUAAGAGAUGGACGGCUCCGCAGCUCCUCGCCCAUCCUUUUCUCCGGGAGGAUCUUUGAUUCGAUUCGUUUUUGUAGAAAUCAAAAUCGUAAAUCGGAUUAAAAUUACUUUUAUUUUGUAGAAUUUCGAAUAGUUUCGGGAGAUUAUGUUCGUAAUUUUUGUACAUAUAUAUUCUCCGGAUUUUAGGGGAAACAUUGGCAUAAUGAUAAAACUAUUUCUUAGAUUCUUUUUUUUUCAGUUUCAUUCAUGGAUGUAUAUCGAAUAUCAAUUAAUGUACAUUAGAUUUUGAUAA